AUGCCUACCAGUAGCACUUGUGCGGGUGAUCUCCCCUCUGAUGCAUUCAUAUAUAAGGGUAAAAACUAUAAUACUUGCAACAGCUGUAGAAUUUCAAGAGUUGAAAAGCGGAAUACCAAAAAAAAUAAAUUACUCGGUGAUUUUAAUCCUGAACAAACUUUUGUCAAAAUAAUUUCCGUCCAAGAAAUUAGCAAUUAUAUUACAAAUGCAAUUAAUGACCUUGAUGAUCAUGCUGAACUUUCUCUUACUUUUUGUGUUCGACUCGAUGAGGCCACUAUUAAUGAUAUUGACGCAGAUGUUAGAGUUAUGGCUAAAUUAAUUAUCGACGAAAUAGAGGAAGGGGAUAACUACAAAUGGACAGCUACAACCACACCAAAUCUCUCUGCUCGCUAUCCUAGUGUCGGAAAUGCUUAUUUUGCAUGCUCUCAGAGUUUAGAACUUGAGCGUGAAUUUAAGGAUUCAAGUCGUGAAAGAAUAUUCUGUUAUAACUGUGAUGGCCAAAUAUCAAUUAAGAUUGAUAUCCCGGCAACAGAAGCAAAAAUAGUCUUAAAACACAAAGUUCUUUAUGAAAGACCCAUUGAUACUACAAUGUCAUCUGAAAUAAAGCAAGAAAUUAAAGUUGCAAAAGAAUUUACUUUUGUAAAUUCUUCUUUUAUACCUGACUUGCAACGUACGGAUAGUGAAUACUAUAUAAUUUGUCCGCCUGCUCUUCAUGGAACUGUUAUUGAAAUGGUUAAAAACUAUUUCAAUAUACAUCCUAAAAUACCUACGAAUAGUGGUCAAUUUCUUUCCCCUAAAGAAAUAAGAACAAAAGCAGUUUUUGAAAUAUACGAAUUUUGUAUUGCAAAUAAUCUGGUAUUGUUAUGGACCUAUCU